AUGGAUGAGCAUAGCCACUUCGAGACAUCCCUAAACAAAAUCAAAGUUUUGUUCAAAUACUCGGGAAUGAAUCUAGAAAACACUGUUACUAACACUUACGAGUUUUUAAAUCAUAGAUGGGUGUACAUUCUCAACCACGCGUGGACGUUGGCCGCUGUAACAUUCAUUUGCAUUGGAAUUUCAAACGGUCAAAACUUUAUUGAAAUGACCUGCAUAGCUCCGUGUGUGGCAAUGACCGUUUUAGCAGUUUCUAAGUCAUUCUUCCAUUAUAUCAACGAAAACGCAGUCAAGAGCCUACUGGAGAACCUCAUAGAGCUGGAACGUACCGAUUUUGAAAGAACGAAGAGCGUGCAAAGGACCGAAAUCGUGGCAACAGAGAAACAGUUACUAAAUAUGGUCAUUAAUGUUUUGUACGUAUUGAACUGCUCAAUGAUUCUUGUCUUCGAUAUGACUCCAUUGAUCAUUAUUGCCAUCAAAUAUUGGACGACGAAUAAGUUUGUUAGGUUGCUACCUUAUUUGGAUAUUUUUGUUUUCGUGCCAUAUAAAUUUGAGUAUUGGGUCAUGGCGUAUAUCCUACAGAUUUGGGCAGAAUGCAUAGUUCUCUUGUUCAUCGGAGCCGCAGACUGCCUCUUCUUCACGUGUUGCACGUACAUCCGCAUACACUUUCGCCUUUUACAAUACGAUUUUGAGAGAUUAACCUCUUCGAGAAGAGAAAGCGAUGGUUUAAGAGAUGAUGAAGAUUUUAGGGAGACGUACACGAAUUUAGUGAAAAGACAUCAAGGUUUGAUAGAAUCGUCGAGUAUUCUAGAAAUGAUUUACUCAAAGUCCACAUUAUCAAACUUUGUUUUGAGUUCUCUAGUUAUUUGUCUGUCCGCAUUCAAUGUUACGGUAGUGAACGACGUAACUAUUGUAAUGACAUAUCUUAUAUUUCUGGCCAUGAGUUUAAUGCAAGUAUAUUUCCUCUGCUUCUUCGAUAUGCUGAUGAGCGCAAGCGAAGAGGUCGGUAAUGCCGUAUACAAUUGCAGUUGGUACACCGAAAAAGCGUCAACGGGAAAAGAUUUGCUUUUCACCAUCACGAGGGCCCAGAAACCUUGUGAGCUGACGGCUGCUCAUUUCGCUUACGUCAAUUUAAAGGCGUUUAUGAGGGUAAGUUUUACGUCAGCAUCAAUAACCACACUUCCAACAAUAUAA